AUGGAUGAAUCAGGCUGGCACACUCCUCCUGUUCGUCAGCUUGACAGUUUUGGGCAUUCUCCAAUGCGCAAUGAAUCAAGCAGGCACACUCCUAUUCGUCAGCUUGACAGUUUUGGACAUUCUCCAAUGCGUAAUUUAAACUCUUCUCCAGCAACAGUAACUUCACUUAAUUCUUUAAAUGGAAGUGCUUCACGAAGAAGACUGGUUUUUGCUAGACGUUCAGCGGCUAUAAAUGAAGACCCUGAACAUCUUGCUCAAGAUCCAUCAUCAGAUCCUCUUAAAGUGCUUUUAGAUGAGGAAGACGGAAUUACAAGUGGCUUAGGUACAAUUGGAUCACUUAGAACUCCCAGGCAUCAUCGUGGUGAUGUCCACCCUAGCAUUAGAUUGCCCUUAUACGAGGAUAAUGAAAAUGGCAAUUUAAAUGAAAUGCCUGCUAAUGAAGGUGAAAGGCCUGAUGAAGAACUAAGAAGAGUAAAAGAGAGACAAGACCAAAUAUGGGGUACAAAUAUUGAAAUAAAGGAAGUCAAAAAAUCUUUUGAAGAUUUUCUCCUCAACUUUAAGUUACAAUACCGUAAAGAAAAAGAAAAUAUUACUAUAACAGAUAUGGACAGAGAACCUUUCUAUCAGUAUUAUAUGCAAAAGAUUAAACAAACAGAAAUAUAUAAAAUGAACCUUGACAUGCAAAAUCUUUUCACAUAUGAACCAACAAAAAAAUUAUAUUUUCAACUUAUGAAUUAUCCUCAAGAAGUUCUUCCAAUUUUUGAUGAUGUUCUUACGGCUACUUACAAAAGGCAUUGUGGGAUUAAUGAUCCAAAUAACCAAAUUGUAGUAAAGGUGCGACCUUUCAACUUGGGAAAAUCUACAAACAUGCGAGAUUUGAAUCCAGCAGAUAUUGAUAAAAUAGUGUCUAUCAAGGGUCUUUUUAUCAGAACCUCACCUAUACUCCCUGAAAUGUCAGCUGCUUUUUUCCGCUGUUCUAUAUGUGAUUCUUCCGUUGAGGUUGAAGUGGAUCGUGGCAAGAUUGAUGAACCUCACAGAUGUCGUAGACGUGAAUGUAACUCAACGAACACAAUGACUUUGAUACACAACAGGUCUUCUUUCAAAGAUAGACAAGUUUGUCGAUUGCAAGAAACUCCAGACAAUAUUCCUGAUGGGCAAACUCCCCAUUCCGUUUCUGUCUGUUUAUAUGAUGACCUAGUCGAUACUGCACGACCUGGCGACAAAGUUGAAUUAACCGCUAUUUACCGUUCUUCGCCAAUUCGCGUUCAUCCACGCAAGCGUACUAUUAAAGCUUUAUUUAAAACCUAUCUUGAUGUCGUUCAUAUUGCAAAAGCUGACCAGAACCGUCUGAGUGCUGGUUUAUCUGGCCAUGACAAUGAUUUCAGCUAUGAUUUAAAUGCAGAGAGCGAUGAUCUCGAUAUUGUUCAAGAAGAAGACAAUAUGAAUAGACGCGAUGCCAGACCGGAAUUUACUGAGGAAGAAAUUCAAUACUUUGAAGAUUUGUCAAAGCAAUCUAAUUUGUAUCAGUACCUAGCGCAGUCACUGGCACCAAGUAUUUACGGAUUGGAUGAUGUUAAAAAAGGUAUACUCUUACAGUUAUUCGGUGGAACUCGUAAAAAAUUUGAGAAAUCAGGUUCGCCUCGGUACAGGGGAGAUAUAAAUGUUUUGUUAGUUGGUGAUCCAGGUACUGCCAAAUCUCAGAUGCUACAGUAUGUCCAUAAAAUUGCUCCUCGCGGUGUUUAUACUUCUGGAAAAGGAUCCUCGGCGGUUGGUUUAACCGCAUAUGUCACAAGAGAUCCGGACACGAAACAAAUGGUACUAGAAAGUGGUGCAUUGGUGCUUAGCGAUGAUGGUGUUUGCUGUAUUGAUGAAUUUGAUAAGAUGUCAGAUGGAACACGCGCUAUUCUUCAUGAAGUGAUGGAACAACAAACGGUUUCUGUCGCUAAAGCUGGGAUUAUUACGACUCUCAACGCUCGUACAUCUGUUCUCGCAUCUGCUAAUCCUGUCGAAUCAAAAUAUAAUCCAAAGUUUUCUAUAGUUAAGAACAUCGAUUUGCCACCAACUUUGAUGUCUAGAUUUGAUCUGAUUUAUUUAGUAUUAGAUAAAGUAGAUUGGAAUGCAGAUAAGAAGCUGGCAAAACAUUUGGUUUCUUUAUAUAGAGAAGAUAAUCCUAAUGUUGCUAGAACAGAUAUGUUGCCUAUCAAAACUUUAACAAAAUAUAUUAAAUAUGCUCGUAAAAAUUAUCAACCGCUUAUUGGGGAUGAUGAAUCAGCCAAUGCUUUGGUCAAUGCUUAUAUAGAUUUGCGCAAAGUCGGAAUUGAUCCACGUUCUUCCGACAAUAUUAUUACUGCGACAACUAGACAGUUAGAAUCGAUGAUUAGGCUGUCAGAAGCUCAUGCACGUAUGAGGUUUUCUCAAAAAGUUAAUAUAUCUGAUGUCAAGGAAGCUGAACGAUUACUUAGAGAAGCAAUACAACUUUCUGCAUGGGACCCUGAAACUGGUAGAAUUGACAUGGAUUUAAUUACCACAGGGCAUGGUAGUCAUGAAAGACGUGUGUUAGAAGCUAUGCGCGACGCAUUUGCAAAGAUGUUGUCGGAAAUGAGUUCAAGAAGCAUAUCAUUAAGAAAAGCUUUAGAAGAUUUUAGGGCACAAUCAGAUGAGCCGAUUUACGAAAAACAAUUUGAAAAUAUUCUCCGAACCUUAGAACAUGAUGGUGUCAUUAAAGUGACCGGAACUAGUCGAAAUGAUC